AAAUCUCUUAUAAAAGCCCAUCACUGGGUGCGAGACGGCGGUAAAAGUGAAACUGCCUUAUUGAAAUUCUAGAAGAGCGUCCUGAGCUGUGCUCCGUGCUCUGCUACUGGGGACUUUUUGUGAGAAAAGUAGGCGGGCCGACCUACGGAGUUCACUUACUGAAAGCGCUCAGGGCGAGAGCUCCAGUCGAGCUGCUGCAACCCAACACCUGUGGAGCCUAGCUUAGCUUUCGGAAACAUCGACCUGUAGCCUCAGAUUUAGUCACGACUCCCUUGUCUGAGAUUGGCGGUGGAGGAGGGUUGAACUUCCCUUGGUUAAUGUAACUUCGCUGGCUGAAUCGUGAGAUACAUCUGGUCCAAAUGGAGCUCAGGUGAAGGUGCCCACAGAUAUCAAGUUAAAAAAUUCUGAGAAGUCAGUGAAAUUCCCCUUUAAAUCAGCAAUUUCCCGGUACCUUUUAAAGACAUGUGAGGUUUAUCAACCAACUGGGGCCUUGAGAUGGCAUCAGUCAUUUUGUAACUGAAAAAAUGAUGUGCAGUCUUCACUGUUCUGGCUCACCAUCAUACAGCUGUAAUUUUCAGUCACUCAACAUCCCAGAAGAGAACGACGAAACUAUGAGUAAAACCAAUGCUGAGGACACCAUUCCAGACGCAGCUUCUGUUCCGGAGGCUAGCAGUGUUAGAUGUAAGGCUGACCCCCAGUUUUCACCUGCUGACCCCAUGUUGCCGAGCAGCGAGCCUUCUCAAAGUACAUCAGCGGCUACCUCUGACUUCUGCAGUAGCAUGAGCAGUGAUGCCCAGUCCAGCUACAGCCCCUAUCAGCCUCCCCUGGGUCUCCCAGCUGGCUACAGCCCCCAGACGCCCUUCCCCAGCCAGGCUGAGGUCUGUUUCAGUACCCUGGAGCCCCACAAAGAGGACUGGCUCCACACAAGCUCAUACAACAGCCUAGGGAGAGGAUUCUCCAAUGGCAGCCAUCUGUCCUGCCUAGUUUCUGGAGAUUUCUAUGGCUAUCAGAGUGAGGCCUCUUGUUUACACUCGGUGCCAGGCAUACACAGUCCAGGUGGGAGCAGUCUUGAACAGCCCCGCUCGCUGCACUCCAUCCCUACAGCAUUAGCUCAGCACGGCUACUACCCGCCCCCAUGCCCAUGUCCUUCACACAGGCUUUCUUGCUGUAGUCAGAGCCCACUGGAUGCUGGUUGCUGGGAAAAUCAAAGGCUCCAUCAUGGGCUGCAGUACCACAUGUCUUAUUCAUUUUCAUCUCCCAAGAUCAGCAAGCAGUCAGAUCAAGAGCUUCUUCAUAGUAGGCACCCGUCUGUUCAGCCUCAGCCAAAGAGUGUUCCAAGCACAGCACCCCUCUCUCUGGAGCAGAGGAAGGUGUUUGUCACUUACGAAGCAGACAGUGAUAAACAUGUUAAAGAGGUCAUCAAUUUUGUCGCUCUGCUGAGACACAAUGGCUUCUACACUCAUAUCGACAUGUUUGAACAACAUUUCAGAAGCAUCAGUAAGAUAGACUUCAUGGAGAGGUACAUUGCUGAGAAAGACUACCUGAUCAUUAUCAUCAUCAGUCCAAAGUAUUAUGAGAUUGUGACCAGUGCUGCAUUAUGCUUGGAAAACGAUGAAACACUUAACACUGUUUACAUCCACAAGCAGUUACAGAAUGAAUUCAUUCAGAACGGUUGCAAGAAUUUCAGAUUCAUUCCUGUACUGUUUCCUGGGGCCAAGAAAUGCCACGUUCCCACAUGGCUCCAGAACACACACAUCUUCUGCUGGCCCAGAGACAGAGAUGACAUACUUCGUCGGCUCAUGCGAGUGGAAAAGUACAACCCUCCCCCCAUAGGAGAACUGCCCACCAUCGUCUCCAUUCCAAUAUAGUGAGGGUCUCCUCUGUUCUGCAGGUGUGAGUGCUGAUACAUAAGGCUCAGUGGAGGACUGUUAAAACUGUGACUGGCUGUGUAGGAAGAAGUCAGCUUUGGACCAGUUUGGAGCUUCUUUCUGUUUUUUUAAAUGAAAUCUUACAUUAACUUCUGGCAAAUGUUUAUACCAUGGAACUUAAGCUGUGUGAUGAAGUUUAAUGUGGAUGAUUGUUCAUUCUUAGAUUUAAAAAAAGGCUAGAUUCAGUGUUCAGUCCUGUGCAAAACCCUUUAUUCAUUUAAAUUUAAUUUAAAGACAAAUUUAGAGUACACGUUAUUUGCUAUCAGUGCCAGGAAACAUAAUAAACAGAAAAUUACACAGAAGCCUUGAUGACUAAA